AUGGCAGCAACAUUUGCAGCUCCAUCGACGGUGAUAGGCCUCGGAGGAUCAUCUGUUUCUCCCAUCAAAGCCAAAGCCCUCUCUUCAUCUUUUCUGAAACCAACAUUAAGAGCAAAGAACCCUCUGAAAGUUGCUGGGGCCUCGGGAGGAAGAUUCACUUGCUUUGAGAGGAACUGGUUGAGGAGAGAUUUGAACGUGGUGGGGUUUGGUCUCAUCGGAUGGCUAGCUCCGUCGAGCAUUCCAGCGAUAAACGGGAAGAGCCUGACGGGUCUCUUCUUUGAAAGCAUAGGAACCGAGCUCGCUCAUUUCCCAACUCCUCCAGCUCUCACUUCACAGUUCUGGUUGUGGUUGAUUACGUGGCACUUAGGCCUCUUCAUCUGCCUCACCUUUGGACAAAUCGGAUUUAAAGGCAGGACCGAGGAUUACUUCCAGAAAUGA